CGCGACUCGUUCAGACGUCAGCAGAGUCUGGAUGUCAGCAACGGAGUGAUCUUGGUCCGCCAAGGGGCAUCGUCUUCCCUGUCCCCGUCGCCUCUCCGCAGCGCGCUGCCCCCUGCCCUGGGCAUGCCCCGUACGGCCCCCGCGUGGCUGGCCUACAGCAACCAGGUUCUGAGUUUCGAAGGCUUCACGCGCGAGGAGGUUCCCCAGAGCCCCGUGGAGACGCGGCGCGUGCGCCACGUCCGCGUGCUCUUCUUCCUCGAGGACGACUCCAUCCAGGUGGUCGAGCCGCAGGUGAAGAACGCCGGGAUGCCGCAAGGCACCAUCAUCCGGCGGCAGCGCAUCCCAUUGCCGGGCCCGCGUAGCGAGCGCUGCUACACGGCGGAGGACCUGAACGUGGGCCACGAGGUGGUGUUCUUCUCGCGCGUCUUCACGCUGGCGUCGUGCGACGCCUUCACGCGCCACUUCCUGCGCCGCCUGGGCGUGCGGCCCGGCACGGACGCGCCGCUGCCGGCCGACCCCUACACCAGCGGCCGGGACGCGCUCGAGGGCAGCCAGCGCCCUCGCCGCCCGUACGAGCGCGUGGACACGCUGCGACAGUUCCUGGAGCGCGACCGCCAGGUGCUUCGCUUCUACUGCGCCUGGCACGACGACGAGGACGACGAGGAGGGCGACCUCGUCGACGAGGGGGUCGCGGGCGGGGUCAAGGCGGGGGUCGACGAGGGGGUCGACGACGGGGUCGACGGCGGGGUCAAGGAGGGGGUCAACGAGGGGGUCAAGGGGCGACGGAGGCGACGCGGAGGGGAGCCGCGCCGCCUGGUGCUGCACUACUUCCUGGCCGACGACACUGUGGAGCUGCGCGAGACGCUGCCGCCCAACUCUGGGCGCGACGCGGCCCCCGUGUUCCUCCGCCGCGGCCGCCUGCCCAAGUUGGCGCCGCAGCCGCUGAGGCUGCCCGGGGCGAGUGGCGAGCGCACGGUGCUCAACGUGAUCGCCCCCGGGGGCCCCGGGGGUCCCGGGGGCCACGGGGGACGCUUCAUCCUCGACAGCCUCAAGACGGGCGCUCCGAGCGAGGAGUUCUACUCGGACGGCGACCUCCGCGUGGGGGUCACCGUGAACGCGUGGGGGCGGCCGCUGCACCUGCUGGCGUGCGACGGGUUCACGCGCCAGUACCUGAGCGACACGUACGGCACAGAGAGCGUGGGGGCCGUGGCCUCGCCCCCCGGGAGCCCCCCGCGGACACCGCCCCCCCAGAUGCCCCCCUACAAUGGCUUCGGCUCCGAGGAGGACACUCGGCGCGGCUGCCUCGCGCUCGUGCCCAAGCCUCCGCAGAAGGACUUCGUCAAGUUCAUGGAGCUGGGCAGGCAGGGCCUGGACGGUCACGUGCUGCGCUUCACGGCCGAGAUGAAGUCCGGCAACCCCGUGGACGAGGGCCGCCGAUUCGUGGUCUCCUACUUCCUGGAGGACGACACCAUCUCGGUGUUCGAGCAGGAGCAGCGCAACUCAGGCGUGGUGGCCGGCAGGUUCCUGGAGCGCGGUGCGGUGGAGAAGCCCGGCCAGCCGCGGUUCUGCGCGGCGGCACCGGCGCGGUUCCUGGCGCCGGACCUCCACGUGGGGGCCGUGGUCGCCCUGCACGGCCGCACCCUGCACCUCACCGGGGCCGACCGCUACACCCUGCGCUACAUGGAGACGCACCGCGACCAGUUCCCCGAGGCGGACGCUUCCCUGGCGCUGGCGGUGCUGCGUGCGGCCCUGGGGGAGGGCGAGGGCCCCAGGGCCUUCAGGGCGGCCUGCGCGGAGGCCGACGCGCUGGGCACAGGGGCCUUGCCCUGGCCACAGUUCAGGGCGCUGGUGCGCAGGGCGUGCGGGCCGCAGAGCCUCAGCGACCACGGCCUCAUCACCCUGGCCAGGAAGUUCCACGUGCACCGGGGGGACGACGACGACGACGAGGAGAAGGAGAGGGGUGACGUAGAGGAGGAGGAGGAGGAGGGAGCGACGACGGCGAGGAGGAUGAUGAGGAUGAGGAGGAGGAGGGAGGACGAAGUGGGAGCGGCGUGCAGGAAGGUGCUGCGGGCUCGACGGUUCGAGGAGUUCCCCGUGCUCCUCCAGGAGUUUGCUCAGCGAGACGCGGCGCGGUCGGGGUGGCUGUGUGUACGGGAGGCGCGCUCCGUGUGCAAGUCGCUCCGUCUCCCUGUGGACGACUCCCUGCUGCACGACCUGCUGGACACGUGGGGACGACGCACCACGACCUCCACCAUCACCUCCACCGUCACCACCUCCACCACUACCUCCACCACUACCUCCACCAUCACCACCACCUCCACCAUCACCACCACCACCUCCACCAUCACCAUCACCACCACCUCCACCAUCACCACCACCUCCAUCAUCACCACCUCCACCACUACCUCCACCAUCACCACCACUACCUCCACCAUCACCACCACCUCCACCAUCACCACCACCUCCAUCAUCACCACCACCUCCAACAUCACCACCGCCACUACCACCACCUCCACCACAUCCACUACCACCACCUUCACCAUCACCACCACGACCUCCACCACCACCUACAUCAUCACCACCUCUACCACCACCUCCACCAUCACCUCCACCAUCACCACCACCUCCAACAUCACCACGACCUCCACCACCACCUCCAUCAUCACCACCUCUACCACUACCUCCACCAUCACCACCACCUCCAUCAUCACCACUGCCACUACCACCACCUCCACCAUCACCACCACUACCUCCACCAUCACCACCACUACCUCCACCAUCACCACUGCCACUACCACCACCUCCACCAUCACCACCACCUCCAUCAUCACCACCUUCACCACUACCUCCACCAUCACCACCACUACCUCCACCAUCACCACCACCUCCACCAUCACCACCACCUCCACCAUCACCACCACCAUCACCACCACCUCCAUCAUCACCACGACCUCCACCACCACCUCCAUCAUCACCACCUCUACCACUACCUCCACCAUCACCACCACCUCCAUCAUCACCACUGCCACUACCACCACCUCCACCAUCACCACCACUACCUCCACCAUCACCACCACUACCUCCACCAUCACCACUGCCACUACCACCACCUCCACCAUCACCACCACCUCCAUCAUCACCACCUCCACCACUACCUCCACCAUCACCACCACUACCUCCACCAUCACCACCACCUCCACCAUCACCACCACCUCCACCAUCACCACCACCAUCACCACCACCUCCAUCAUCACCACGACCUCCACCACCACCUCCAUCAUCACCACCUCUACCACUACCUCCACCAUCACCACCACCUCCAUCAUCACCACUGUCACUACCACCACCUCCACCAUCACCACCACUACCUCCACCAUCACCACCACGACCUCCACCACCACCUGGGUGGGGAGGGGCUGGUCACCCCGUGGUGCCCUUAUAAAACUCAACGUUUCACCUACUCACGCCGGCUUGUGCCCGCCCUCACAGUCGGGCAUAUUUGCGGAAUACACCACGCCGCCGUUGACCCUGCAGGCCAUUGACCAGCAACCCGACGUUCCUACCAGCUCCCUCCGCAGGAAUGUGUUAUAAGUCACUUCAGCUAAAAUGUUCUUGCCGUAGUUUUCACACCUGAUGACGCUUGCUUGUGUUGCAAUCGAAACGUCGCGAUUUAAUUUAGUUUUCAUUUUUAUUGUAUUUUCUACCUACGUGACUUUACCGAAAGAACCAAAGAGUAUGCAUCCUCGCAGUCGCGAAAACUUGGAAUCUAGAAACAUCGUCAAAUGUUCGAACUGCAUGUGAGGAAGAUCGAUGUGGCGGGCGGUGCAACGGUUAGCGCGCCGCGCUACGAACCUACGAACCCCGGCCAGCCGAGUUCGAUUCCCGGCCAGGGCCUUGCACCUGCUAAAACGAACAAUUAGUUCCUCUCGAUUUGAAGCUUUCGUGACUGCAAGGAUUCAUAUUUUUAGGUUUUUUCGGUAAAGUCACGUAGGUAAAACAUUAAAAUUAAUAAAAGUAAAAUAAAAUAAAAAUCACGACGUUUCGGAGGCAACACAAGCUUCCGUCUUCAGGUGGAACCGUCACAGCCACGACAGCUGUAUCAAGUAAACGAGAGAUUGCAGAAGCUACCACUCCGUUUAUAUAAUGGUUGGAGAAGGUGGUGGGGGCAAGGGCCGCAUACUUUUUAUUAAUACGGUAAGGUGAGGCUUGAGAGGGUGAGCCUUUGUUAUGGAGAGGUACGGUUUGUGAAUCAACCUGUGACAGGGAGACAACCACUAAACAUGUUGAACCUGUAGUAGUUGUCUGUCUAUUAAUUUUAAUGUUUUACCUACGUGACUUUACCGAAAAAACCUAAGAAUAUAAUUAGUUCCUCUGUUGAUAUGUAAAUUCCUUUGUCAAGGCGCUCUUCUUCCUCUAACCCAGCUUAAAUAUACGCUGCCAAGUUUGGUGGUGUUUCAUUCGGACGCUGUCUUUCCGACAGACCUGUUCUUCACCUGAGGACGGCUGCUUGCGUUGUGAGAAUUUUAUUUUAUGAUGUUUUAUUUUUAUUAUUUUAUUAUUUCCCUUCUACGUGACUUUACCGAAAAAACCAAGAGUAUAAAUUUCGAUUUAAAGCUUUCGUGACUGCAGGGAUUCAUCUUCUUGGUUCUUUCGGUAAAGUCAUCACGUAGAAGGGAAAUUAUAAAAUAAUAAAAAUAAAACAUAAUAAAAUACAAUUCUCACGACGUUUCGGAAAGACAGCGUCUGACAGACCUGUUCGUCACCUGAGGACGGCUGUUUGCGUUGUGGGAAUAUUUUAUGUUUUAUUUUUUAUUAUUUUACUAUUUCCCUUCUACGUGACUUUACCGAAAGAACCAAGAAGAUAGUUUGAAGUGGUUUAAUCUGUUGAGGUUUUACCGG